AUGGCUCUCCCAGCUCCCACCACAUACGACCCUGCCAAACAUAAACCUCUCAUCCACCAAUUCGCUUCCAUUCAUGCUGCCUGUGUACUUCGAGAUGGCACUCUGGCAACCUUCCUUCCGGUCUGGAAAGGGGCCGAAACGACUAUGGACCAUACGAAACUCGUCGAGUACUGGCUCAGCCGCAGUCAACAAGUCGAAGAAGGCUCCCGAGAUAUCAUACUCCAGUACGCUGACAACAACGAGGUAGAAGUUGUGGGUGUCGUGAGUCUAUCGAUGCCACCAAGUGAGACUGGGCCCUUUCGGAGUCUGGUCGAGAAGCUGCUAGUCAGCCCGGAUCAUCGAUACAAAGGUAUCGCUAGACGCCUAAUGGAGAAGCUAGAGGAAGUGGCGUUGGAGAAACAUAGAGACUUAGUCAUGCUUGACACAACCAUUGGCUCGGGUGCGGAACAAUUCUAUCGCAAACUUGGAUACAACAGCCUAGGUAUUGUCCCGAAGUACGGCAUUCACCCUCUGACAGGGGAACUGGUAGAUGAGGAGUUCUUCUGGAAGGGCUUGCGGAGCUUGGAGGCCUAG